ACACGAGUUUCAAGCGCGCACAAAAUAUUGGUGAUUUGGGAGGGGGAGUGUCCCUUCAGCCAUGAUCAAGCCGUGUGAGAACAAGCGUAUUUCUUUUGGGAAAUUAUUUAAGUUAAUAUUGUAAACAAUCCUAUGCUUCUGCUAUAUCCGUGAUCAAAUACUAGAAGCCGUUGCUGUGAAGAGUCGGGAAAAUGUACAGUCUGGCAGUCUUCAGUCGGUAACGCGUUGCAGUCUAAUUUUACCACCCCUCGCCUCCAUGAGCUACACACACGCUCACCUACAUUAGGCUACUUAACAUUACUUUAGUUACUCAACAAUUACAUAACACGCGCUUACUGUUGAUCGGAAAAUAGUUACGUCGAAUUACACAAUCCACGUGACAGCAGCAGCACACGCUUGUUUUACACUGUGUUUUAGUCUGGUUACUUUAUUAAUUGCGAUUUGUACCAGAGAUCAGGCAUUAUUUGGCCGUUACGCACUGGGACCCGAGGAAAGAGUAGAAGCAUGAUGUUUAUUUUAAGUUUCUCCAAAAUGCAAAGAUUUUCUGAAAUGUUAUGAACAGCCUGUGUGGUAUCUUAUUACGAUUCAGAUUAGGCUGUGUUUUAUAGGUUUUAAAAUUGACAUUGACGGUGACGUAGGAAAACAAAACAAAUAUUAAUUAAAUUAAUGAUGGAAUAGUUGGUUUAGGGUAACAUAGGCCUAUUGAACUUGACGCACAAACUAGCAAUAAUGAAAAAAGGCUAUUAUUAUUAUUAUGUAAUAAUAGAUAAUAUUAUGAUUAGGCAUUGACUAUGCAUUACACAACAUAGGUUUUACACCAUGGCAUUUCAUUUUGAUUUAGAAAUAGGCCUACCUGGUCGAAUUAAUUGGUUCUCGCACUCAAAUAUUUUAGCCUACUCCCAAAUCUGAAUAAAAACUAUUCAUGGUUAGGGAAAGUUCUCUGUUAGAGCAAAAUGGCGUACAACUACUAGUGGCCCAUGCUGCAGAAACCUUGAAAUUGGUAGGCGAUGGCAGGAAUAACGUUGCGUCUUCACAAGGGGGAUUACGGUAGCAUCCAAGGGGUGUACAUAUGAUGCGUUGAAAGAGGAGGUAGUUCUUCAUUUCAAUCAGUUGUGUGUUGAGUUCUGUCUAUUUUUCAUUUUUUUUUCGGGGAGAGGGGGGAAGAAUGAAAGUGGUCUUCCAACAAAGCGGACAUCAUGAACGGCGCACUGUAUAUUUCGUUUUUUCAAGGCCAGCUCGAAUCGGCGCUUGAGCAGGUAGUGCAACUCGCUGUUCAGGAAAUAACCAAGACUGUUGGUGCCACCUUGAAUUCUAUGUUGCUGGAAACAACUGCCAAGGACCAAGAAAACCAACGACUGAGGUUGAAGCUCCAGACUUCAGAGUUUGAAUAUAAUAGAGGACAUGGCAAAACGGCCACUUGCAAAGGCGGGAGAGAAACGAAUGCGGCCAGCGAAGAAACAAAGCCGGAGCAACACACCCCCAGCCAGAAUCGAGAGCGCAACAUACAGGGAGACACACUCAGGAUUGAGCAGAAAGGGCGAGCUGUGGGUCAGCUGAAAGUCGUGAUGGAGCAGGUGUUGGAGUUUGCUGUGACGGAGCUGACGAAGAUCGUGGAGGACAGCUUUGACGACCUGCUUCUCGAACUUACCAAGGUGGACCACGAGAACGUGGCCUUAAAUGACCGGCUGCGGGCAGGCAAGAAACGGCAGGAGAGUGGCAACGGUGGCAAAAGUGACGCCAUGCCAGACGUGCUGCACGGGGUCGCCACGAUGAAGAAGGAGGCGGACAAUGACUCGGACUCGCCCGGAAGCUCGGAGGGCACGCGGUUGGAACCACCCAGGGGCCGAGAACGGGCCGCCAAAGUCACCCGGGCAAAACAACAGACUUCGAACGAAAGCACAAAUGCGGACACGGACAAGCAGAAGGUGUUGGCCGUGGCGCAGGACUGGGUACCUAUCCUGGACAAGGUCUUUGGCCAGAAGUGGUGCAGCGAUGCGUGGCACCUCAAGGAGGCGGUGAAGGCCGAGGGCAGUGCAGGGCUCGCGCUCAACCUCGGCCAGGUCCAGGGUCAGAUGUCCCAAAUGGACGCUCUCAUCCGCGAGGCACUGGAGCCCAGCAUGGGCCAGUCUCAGUGGCUGCAGCCGGGGGACCACGAGGUCCUGUCCCCACGCUCAGAACCGCAGGGAGUUGCGGUGGUCAGUCCCACAGAUGGCGUUCCUGAUCUCUCGUCCCCCUCCAUGCUGCACAGACUGCUAACACUUCCCUCUCAGCUGCUAGAGGGCGAUGAGGAGUCGAUGGAGGGACUACCUGUCCUCUCGGAGGCUCCUGCCGACGACUCUUCUGAGCCCCGGCCAGCAGAUACCCCUUCGGGCCAGAUCAUCCCACCGGUGCUGACUGUGGAAGAGGACGUGGCGGUGGCGGUGGAGGAGGAGGAGAAGAUGGAAGAGGAGGAGGAGGAGGAAGAAGAUGACAAAAGCUCGGACACGGACCACUGUUUCUCUCCCCGGGGAGGCUCACGGAGCUCGAGCAGGAAGUCGCACGUGUGCAAGCUCUGCGGGAGGCGUUUCAGCCGGGCGCACCUCCUCAAGGCUCACAGGCAGGUGCACGAGGCUGGCGACGCCCUCCGCUGCUCCGAGUGCGGCAGGCGCUUCACGCAGCCCUCCCGCCUGCAGGCCCACAUGCGCACUCACCAGGAGCAGCACCCCAGAGGUCGACGAGACCCUCAGGAAUGAGGGCGAAAACAGAAAAACGCGAAAAAAAGGAAAAAAUACAUAUAGGUGAACUUUACAGUGUUUUUAUAUAUAUAUUGACUUGAGUGCGUCGCCACACAAGGAAAAGGAAAAGAGAGAUGAAGGGAGGGAGAACAAGCGAGGGAGAUUAGCGAGAUUUCAGUCCAUCACUCCCAUUACUAGGAACUGACUCUUGCACCUUUUUGCGACGGGAGUUCAGAACACAGCAUUUUUUUCCUCUCUUCUGUUUAGGUACUCUGGAUUUCGAACCAGAGCGGUGUAAGGAGUUUGAUACCUGCUGUUUCUUUUUUUUUUUUUCAAAUUUUUUGUUUUUAAAUGUGUUGUUUUUUAUUUUUCUUUCGAUCUCAGAAAUUGAAGCCAGCUGAAAUAUCAUCACUGUCACUGAUUUCUAGGUGCUGACAUUACAGAUUGGCAGAUUGGAAUGGCUGGACUAGAGAGUGGAGGGCGUGUGAUUCAUGUACAUAUAAGCAUGGGGAAAAUGUUGCCUAACGUAAUGUAACGAUAGGCAGUGAAGUAAUUUUUCUUUUUAAGGAGAGGAAGAAAUGUAACAGAGAGCUUCCCCCCUGAAGCUCCCCCCACCCACCCUCAAAGAAAUGAGGCACUGAGGAUGUACCUGCAUAGUGUAUUAAAUCAAUAGUUGGUUUGCCUUUUGAAAUCAAAGAGGAAAUUCCUGCAGGUAGAACAGGUUUUCUUUGGUAAAAGAAAAAGAAAGCCACACUGGUUCAUGAUGUAUUGAGAACCCCCAGUGGCUUUUGAUGAUGGGUAAAGUAGCACAGAACGAAAAUGAAUGUGAAUCACUUCUGCCAUCUUCAGCACUAGAGCUGUGUCUUACAUUUGAAGCGGCCUCAGUGCCGGUGGAGGGAAGGUUAGCUACUGUUAGCAAUGGACAGAGGCAAGGCCAAAUUGAUUUUUGAUGCCCACCUCUGAAUGUGAUUUUUUUUUUUUAGAUUGAAUGAACCAGGGAUGUCUAAUUAUUGACGUACACUUCACAAUCCACUUUCUGCAGCCGCCAAUGACACACAACUUUUUUUUUUCUUGUAUUGAGCCAAAAUACCUCAUAACAGAAUUUUAGAUACUUACUUGGAUAAAAGGGAACACCUGUUUUUCUUUCUUUGUUGUUUUUUUAUAAUGUGCUUGGCUACACAGCACAACUGCAUACUGGCCAUGGAUUGGCAGAUGGUCUGUCGUAGCUCUGUGACUUGGACAUUCAAGAACACCACACCUACUGCAGAAGCAGCACAACAUUCAUGGUCAUUUGUGUACAUUUGACAGAAGUUAAAUCCCCGUACAAGAGACACAAGGAGAGUAGAGGGGUAAAAGAAAAUGUUGAACAUGACUACAAGAAGCUCGAGGAAAUGCUACUGUAUCUUCAGCAGUUAUGAUGACGACGUGUUGCUGUUGUAGAGAGUCUUGUUGGUGUAGUGUCAAGAAUUGUCCUUUUUAUUUUUUGCUAUUUUAGGGUGCUUAAAUAUUUGCAUCCUCCUUGUUUUUUUGUUUUAUUAUAUAUUUCUUCAUCUUCUAUUGGGGUGGGGCAGGGUGCUUACUUUGAAAUCCUGACACUUCAGGACUUCUGUUUGCCUUUCCACUGGUCUUUCCCAGUGGCAUGCACUCAUUUCUUUUUUUUUAACAAAAAAAAGACAAAACAAAAUGUCUCCUCUGGGCAGCCUCUUUGGGUUUGCGUAGCGUCUUCCUAUUCUCUCUCAGUAUGCUCGGUGUCUCUAUGGAUGUGUGUAGCGUCUUGGUUACGGAGGCACCACUGCCCACAGUGAAGGCCGCGGUUCAACUCGGUUGCACAAGGAAGGUCAACAUGUGUCUGUUCUGUACAUGACCGCAGUCUGAUUCAACAACGCGAGGGCUUCAAAUAAUGCCCAGUCUUCUCAGAGACCACUGGUUUCAAGGGAUUCAAACAACGUAUUCAUGAUGGGUGUUGAUUCCCAUACUCUUGUACAAAACAGGUUUUUAAACUUGUCUUGGAAUCAUACUUGAUAGCAUGUGAACUGUGUUCUUAAAAGAUUGUAAGUGUGUGAUUUGGGGGAAAAAAGGCCAGAUCCCUUGUCAGAGAAGAUCUUUUCUCCAACUCAGUCUCCAGUACUCUGGGCUAACCACCGGUGUCCCUUCGAUAGAUCUGCUAAGAGCUGCACGGGGUUACAUUCUAAGCCACUGUCACGAGUGCCCUCUUCUUACUUUCUUUAUCUACAGAGCUUUUGUUUGCUAGCGCAGGACACACAGGAAGGAUGAAGUCAAUUCCUCUCAAUACCUCAUUUUCAGGGAAAAUAAGACGUCAAGAGAGACGUGCAAUAACAAGAAAAGUCGAAUUUGUUGGGUCUUGGUUAAAAAUCCUCUUAACCUCUAUCACAGUUUACAAGGGCACUCCUUAUAGUGGAUGGGAUCAAAACCUCAUUUUCUAUCUAUAUGCUAGUGUAUGAUGUACAUUAACUUAAAUAUUAUCUUUUCUAUAGGCCGAUUAUGUGUCGAUAGCGAUAGAAAUCGUUAUCGGCCUUCUUUUAUGUCAGUUCUGGCAUUAAUAGACAAUAACAGACAGGGCUCAGAGGCUUUUCACUCAGUCGAAACGGUCACCUUCAACCUUAACCUUGCAACUAGCUGAGUUGUGCAUCGCUAGUGCUAGGAACAAGCCGGCAUACUAAGCUAUUCUCUUGUCUCUUCAGCUGGAUUUUCAAACCUUGGAUCAGCGUAGCAGGGCUGCUGCUGACUAGCACUUGUUUCCUAUGCUGUGUGCUGCAUCCUUCAUGUCUCUUUCAGAGGCGUUAUUGCUGAUCUACUUCUCUUCAUGUAAUCUCGUGGAGCCAGAAGCAUGUUAGCAUGCAUGUUUCUGGACAGGUUUUUGGGUCUAAGUGGGGGCAACAUUGAUUAGCAGGUCUUAGUGUUUGUGGGAAAGUUCUAAACCAAUUCAGAACGUUCAAGUUGUGUUGUAGUGUGUGGUGCUUCAUAGAAGCUGUUACAGUAGUGUGCUUUUAAAGAUUCACUUAACUGGUCCUUAAGCUCCUCAUGGUUCUUUGACAGUCCAGUUUGUGUGUAGGCUUAAAAAAAUGGUUUGGAUUGAGCCACAUCAGCCAAGCAGCAUGUCGCUUCAUGGAGCAUGGAAGGGAAGGGUGUAAUUUGAUUGGCUGUUGCGCUCAAAUAUCAACAACCUUUCAUCAGACUUGUGGACUGUAUCUUUAAAAGUGUUUAAGUGUUUUUAGUCAGAUUGUCACCUCUCUCUCAAUACCAGCAUCAUCUCAGUGAGUUGUCUCCAGAUGUGCACUCUGAUGGCCGUAUCUGUCUGGCCCCACGAGAUUACCCAGAAUGCAUCAGUGCAAAUAUACGGACCAGUUUUACGAUUCCUGUGAUAACUAUUGUAUUGCCACAUCAGUCCACUGUAAAUAACAUUUUCCUUCAUUUGAUUAAUGUGCAUUUAAAAGGUAUGUGUGACAUCAUAAUGGCACUAGACACAAAUGCAGAACACCCUGUCAUGUUUCUGAUAUUAACCACACUGAAUCUAUGCUUGAUGGAUGCAUUCUCUGACCAUUGACUCAUCCUUGAAAGGAUUUCCUUUCAUCUGUGAGCACCUGUUCAUAAAUGGUUCCCCUUAGAGGAGUACUAGUAUAACUAUCCAAGGUUCCUCUGUAGAAGCCUCCAUAGAACCUGUUCUCUAUAAAACAUUUCAACCCUUUAAAAUUCAACCUGUUGUUGCCCUUGGUGGUCCAACCACGCUGAGUAGAUAAAACAACAAAACAAACUCCAUUUCAUGGUAAAAAAAAAAUAGUUGGUAGAACACAAGAGUUUUUUUUUUUAACCUUAUCUUUAUGAAGCCUUUUGUGUAGGUCAUUUUUAACUCUUAGCUUUGCGCAAGGCUUCUUUGCUCCACAUGAAACUUGGUGAUUUUAAACAAAACAAAUCUUCGCCUUGUCUCCAUUGAAGAACCUGUUGAGGUUCUAGUUAGAACCUUCUGAUGAGAAGUUCUGUAAAGAACCGUUGAGCCAUAUCAGCCUUUAAAAUUCUAGGUAGAACCUAAACAGUCUUCUGUGGGCAAAGGUGUUCCACCUCUGCGUGGCUGAUGUUGGAGACUUCACUGGGUGUUGUUGCUUUUUGAUGAAUGUUCAUAUCCAGUGGUGGAGUGUUUUUCUCUUUAUUCCAUGGUGCCUUUAGUGGCAAUUAGAGGGAAGCUCUUGCCUGUUGUUCAUAUCAUUUGUUGCCUCAGUGUUAUGUACAGAAAUAUGUAUGCCUCAGACAUCAGUGAUUUCUUAAUGCCUUUUUUUGUAGAUGAAAUGCAUUCAUGGCUGUGAAUUUUGGUGAAAUAGCAACAUUGCUUUUUUUAUUUACUCUAUAAUAUAGAUGCUUUGUCUAAUGCUGUAGCAUGCCUCUCCGCUCAUAUAACUUCCUCUACAGUUUUUCUGAACAUAGCUAGGGAGCAAUAGUGUUUUGUACAUUACUUGCGUGUGUGUGUGGGUGGGUGGGUGUGUGUGGGUGGGUGUGUGUGUUUUAGGCAUUUAUUUUCCUUUCUUAAGCCAUUCAGCUUUUUGCGUUUUCCUAACUGCCCGCUUUUCAACAAAUGCCAAGUAUUAAUGCUAUACACUUAGCUUUUUUUUUGUUUUACAGUCGACCACUUGCACUUUCCUACUUCUCAGUUUCUAUCACAAACCACAGUACCUCAUGAGACGUAUAAGCAAGAUUUAUUCAUGUGGAAUUGGAUAGUUGAACAGCCAUUACCUCAGCAAGUGUUGAUUCCCAUCAACAUGUUUACAUUUUGACUGGUUGAUGCAGCAUUUGUUUGUGUUAUUACCACAACAGAUGUUACUUUUCAGUUGCAAUGACAUGCAGACUUGACUAUACCAGGUUUGUUGUUUAUUAGAAGGUUAAUAGUAUGCUUGUUAAAUAUUAUGGGAAGACUGCAUGGGUCUGAUAUCAUUAGGUUGGUUUUAUUUGGCCAAAGACAAACACGCUGAUAGUAAACAUAGUGUCUCAACUAUCCGAUUCUAGACAUAUGACUUUUAUUAAUUUUGGCUAUUUGCUGAAAAUGGGCUGAUAUUAUAUCGAAGAUAUUACCAUAAAAAUAUGAUUUUUUUUUUUUUUUCUGUUUGGAAUAAUUAAACCCUUAUACCAAAUUUGCACAUUGGAUAACAAAUCAGGGAAUGCCUAAAAUGAGGGAUUUUAACAGUAGGCCUAGUCAUAUUGUAGGUUUAGUUGAAAUUAUUUUGGAUUUGUGUAUUUUGUUUUUACUUCACAACUUCACAACUUGUCAGUUGUUUUGAGAUUUCCUCUGCAACGUUUUUGAGAACGUCAGUCUGACUGAUCCUGAUUUUCAAAUUGUCAAUUUAUUUUAUGUUUCAUGAGGAAGAUGUGGCCAAUUUUUACUGAAUUCUCAAUUAAAAUAUUUUUAGAUUUGAAUGCCCCCAAAGGUGAAUUGACUAUGCACAGAUUUGAUUAGGUACUUUGCUAGAUUUUGCCAAAUCAUUGAUCAUGGAUGAAUGUUUUAUGCCCAAAUACAAGAGCUUCUUCCAAGCUUAUGUUUCCCAUUUGAAGUACUGGAGAAUUCUAAAUGCUCCCUCAGUCGUGUUGGAAGUAACAUUGCCAGAACAGUGUAAUUAUGUAGGCCUUAUGUCUUCAUUUUAUACAUGUUAGAUGAUGGAAAUGGGUACUUACUGUAAGGAAAUUAAACAAAAUAAACCAAAAUAUGUUAACAUAA